UCCGCCGGAUGCAUUUUCACAUUUCUAUUUCCGCCUUUUAUCAAAAAUUUUUAUUCGCAAUCCAGCGGUUGCCAAAGUGCGGAUUCACCCCAAGUGGCGCCAUUUUUCCAACCGGAUCGGAAGCUGUUCUCCGGUGUGAAGCUUCCGGCAAUCCGCCCAUGACCGUCCACUGGAAGCGGUUCGAUCAGCUCAUCGAAUCCCAUCAGCAAAUGGAUCGUUUCCAGCUCUCCAGUGUGGCGUCGGACGGCCGGGAUUUCCUCGAUCUGAACAUCAGUCGGGUCGUGGCGGAUGACGGCGGAAUGUACGUCUGUCAAGCGGCCAAUCUUUACGGUAGUGACGCCACCGACAUCCGCUUGAUUGUCCAGGAACUUCCCAGGGCUCCUGGCCAACUUCAGCUGACGUCCGUCCAGAGCCGGUCGGCCGAAUUGCAGUGGCUGGACGAGGAUAUCGAUCCAUUGCUGGAAUAUCGGGUCCAACUCACCCGGCCGGGAACGAUCGGCUGGACGUUCAAUCAAACGAUCGAGGCCAGGGGGCGGAGUCUCGUCACUCUCCCUCAUCUCCAUCCGUUCACCGUCUACGAGGUCCAGGUCAAUGCCAUCAACUCGGCCGGAAUCGGCCCGCCUUCCGCUCCGCUUCAGUUCCAAACUCACGAAGAAAUUCCGUCGGGUCCAGUGCGGCACGUGCAAGCGGAAUCGAAAUCUUCCCGCUCAGCGCUCGUUUCUUGGCUGCCGCCCAGUGAAGAAACUUGGAACGGCCGUUUGGUUACGUUCACCGUCACUUGCCUGGAGACCAAUGGGAACGGCCAAAUCGUCCAGCGGAGUGUGGCCUACACGACGACGGAUUUCAGACCUGUCCGUCGUGUCCAGGUGACGGUGGAAGAGCUCCGGCCGGCCACAGUUUACGCUGUGACCGUCCGAGCCUUGAAUCGAAUGGGUGCUGGCCCGGAAUCCGAUCCGCCGGUGUCUCUGACCACACCGGAAGCUCCUCCUUCAUCCUCUCCGGUUAAUUUGCAUUGCGUCACUCUGUCUGCCUACGCCAUCCAGCUGACCUGGGCCCAUCCGACCCUGGCCAACCACCACGGCCACCUGCAGGGCUUCCGGAUUUUCUACAAAGUGUUUUCCAGCAACAACCGGCACCGGAUCGUUUUAGCCGACGAGGUUUCAUCUUUCCUCCGCCCGGAAUCGAAAAGGGUCGGUCCGAACGUCCUGGAUUCCGUCCUCUACGGAUUACAGGCCUACCAGAAUUACAGCAUCCAAAUAGCGGCACUCAAUCGAGCCGGAAGUGGUCCUCUGAGUGUUCCGGUUGUCUGCCAAACGGAUGAAACGGUUCCUGUGGCCGUCCAUGAAGUGAAAGCUGCCAGCCUGUCCAGCUCUUCGAUCCUGGUGACUUGGCGUCGAUCCACACCCCCUAGCGGCCGGAUUGCGCACUACGUGAUCCAAAUCAAAGGCACCGUGACUCAUGUUUUGGGUUUUUGCUCAGCUGUCAGAUUUGACGUUGUUGUUGCUGGGCAGCCGAUCAUGUUGAAACAGUAUGCACGUAUCCUAGUCCAAACCGUGGGGCCCCCGAGUUCUCUUCCGGGAACCCAAUAACAAGCAAACUUCUUAUCUUAUCCAUGUUGUCCACGCGCGUCGUUGAAUCAAAUCAUCCGAAA